AUUGACUGUUGACGUGACAACUUGAACAUAAGAGACCGCAGCCUGGGCCUGCAUUUAUUGUCUCACUUGGUCUAAAAAACCCCCCACACUAUUUUCUCCGUGUUGUUGCUCAGAAUCAGAAUUACUCUAUCAUCAUCCUCGUUCUAUUUCUCCCUCAAAACAAUGCCAUACCCAAGUUCUGGCAGUGGUUAAGUUGAGGUUUUUGUUCUAUGUUACAUAGGUGGCACUGGAGAAUCCGGGUGAUGAUCAGGGAGAACUUUAGAAUGUAUUGACAUCAAUAGUGUUUUUGGGAUUUGAGGAAUUUAGUUUCGAUCUGAUUUUGAGUUUUGUUUAAUCUUGGAUUGUACUUUGGGGAGAUUCUGAAAAAAGGAUUUUGUAGCUAAACCAAAUGAAUGUAGUAGGUAAAGUUGGGAGCUUAAUUGCGGGUGGUGUUUACUCCGUUGCAACACCUUUUCAUCCCUUUGGUGGUGCUGUUGAUGUCAUUGUCGUUCGACAGCAAGAUGGGACAUUUCGAAGCACGCCAUGGUAUGUUAGAUUUGGUAAAUUUCAGGGUGUUCUUAAAGGUGCUGAGAAGGUUGUUCGUAUAGCAGUCAAUGGGGUUGAAGCCAAUUUCCAUAUGUAUCUUGAUAACUCGGGUGAGGCCUAUUUUAUCAAGGAGAUUGAUGUUGGUAAAGGGAGUGAGCUAAAUGGGGUUGCCAAGAAUGAUCAAGAAUUUAGUGAGGGGAGUAGUAGCAUAAAUGGUGAUAAGAACAACAAGGAAAAUAAACAUGUUAAUAAUAUUUGUAGACUUGAGCAUAGUGUGUCUGAUUCUGCUGUAGUUCAAUUGCAAGAGGAGUGCGAUUCUUUGGAUGAAGAGGGGAGGUUUUAUGAAUUUCAAGAUGAUGAAUCUUCUCUUGAUGAUUCUGAGUAUGGUUCUAAACAUUAUGAGAGUUUAGAUGGCGAGAAAAUUGUUGAAUCCCCGAAUUUAAAUUCAGAAGUUGUAUUGGUAAGUGUGGAUGGUCAUAUAUUAACAGCCCCCAUCACGGCAUUGGAACAGGAUAUCGAAAAUGUUCAAUUAAGCACCCCUCAGUUUCAUCUUGGCCCAGGUGAAAGUGCCGAGUUUUGUGAUGUCAAUGAUGAGUUCAGUACAGGCGAAAAUUCUUGGGCAGACUACAUUAGUAAGCUGAAUGCACCUAAACCAAAUAAUGCAUCUGAUAAUCUCUCUAUAAUUAACAAUGGUGAAAGUACCUUUUGUCAGCAGCAGCUGGAAGUACGUGAUGUAGAGGAAGAACAUGCCUGUCUAUCUACGGAAACUCAAAAUUUUAAUAUGAAAGAAAAAAAUAUUCAGGCAUAUAGUGAUUUAGAAGAUGCACUGCAAGUAAAGGAUUCAGAUUCAUCAAAUGUUUCUACACAUAUUGAAGAUUUGAGCUCAUCGUCAGAGGCUAACCAUACUGUUAUAGUGGCUAAUGGAGAUGAAGAGGCUGCUGAAUUCAGAAAUGAUGAUGGAUCAUCUCUUUCAUGUUGUUCUUUUCCACUUAACAACGAUACAAGUAUGAAUAUAAAGCUAGAAGAUGAACCAGCUGACAAAAAUGUUGAUGAUUCGGAAGAUCAAGAGGGUUUAUCUCCUCAUUCUGUUACUAAAAAUUCAGAGUUGAAGGAUGAACAGUCAGUUAUUGGGAUAGAGUCGAUAGACUGUACACCAGAGAGACCUAUAGCUGAAGAGGAACCUCAAACAACAACUUCUGCUGCAGAGAUACAAAUUCAGUCGACUGCAAGGUUUGAGAUCUCGCUUUGUGGGAACAAACUUCAUGCAGGGAUGGGCUUGGAUGCUGCUGCUGAAGCUUUUAAUGCACAUCGCAUUUUGGCAGAUGAUUUUCAAAGUUCUGGUCCAUCAAUUAUUAAGGAUGGAAAUCUGAUCAUUAGAUUUAGAGGGCAGUAUUUGCCUUGGGCAAAAGCUGCUCAUAUAGCUCUUGGGGUAGCUGCAUUUGGUAUGGAUCUGCCUAUUGAUCACAAGGACGCAAUUCCUGUGGAACAGGACAACACGCCAAAGGCUGGGAAUAAUAAUUCUGGAUUGGCAUCCACUCCUUCUGGACGCCGAUGGCGUCUAUGGCCUAUUCCAUUUAGAAGGGUCAAAACACUUGAGCACACCAACAGCACUUCGUCCACUGAGGAAGAAUUUGUUGAUUCUGAAUCUGUUUUACAUAGCUCACAAGCAGAAACAACCCCAAGUACUCCCACAUCCCAAACCUUCCAUGAAUCUCCUCGCAAACAAUUUGUGAGAACAAAUAUUCCCACUAAUGAGCAGAUAGCAUCUUUGAACCUAAAAGAAGGUCAAAAUAUUGUGACAUUUAGUUUCUCUACUCGGGUUCUUGGAACACAACAGGUUGACGCACACAUUUACUUGUGGAAGUGGAAUGCACGAAUUGUAAUUUCCGAUGUUGAUGGUACAAUAACCAAGUCAGAUGUUUUAGGUCAAUUCAUGCCUUUGGUUGGGAAGGAUUGGACGCAAUCUGGGGUGGCUAAGCUUUUCUCUGCAAUUAAGGAAAAUGGAUACCAGCUGCUAUUUCUCAGUGCACGCGCUAUUGUUCAGGCAUAUCUAACUAGAAGCUUUUUACUCAACCUUAAACAGGAUGGAAGCACUCUACCUAAUGGGCCUGUUGUGAUUUCACCGGACGGAUUAUUUCCUUCAUUGUACCGCGAAGUAAUAAGAAGAGCACCUCAUGAAUUCAAGAUUGCAUGUCUAGAGGAUAUUAAGAAGCUGUUCCCUAAUGAUUACAAUCCAUUUUAUGCGGGUUUUGGAAACAGAGACACAGAUGAGCUGAGUUACAGGAAAAUCGGGAUUCCAAAGGGGAAAAUAUUUAUCAUCAAUCCUAAGGGUGAGGUAGCCAUUAGUCAUAGGAUUGAUGUGAAGUCAUACACUUCUUUACACACUCUUGUGAAUGACAUGUUUCCUCCAACUUCAUUGAUGGAGCAGGUAAGCGAGCAGGAAGACUUCAACUCAUGGAAUUUUUGGAGAGUACCACUGCCAGAAAUUGAUGAUUAAAAGUAAUAGAGUUGAGAGAGUAAUUUGUACUUUAGUUUGUCACAAGUGUUUUAGAUGAGUAUUAUGCUUUUGUUUUGAUAUGAUGGUGGUAAUGGAAUGGUUUCUAAUUGGUGUAUGAACUAUGAACUUGGCAGGGUGAGGUAGCCAUUAGUCAUAGGAUUGAUAUGAAGUCAUACACUUCUUCUUUACACACUCUUGUGAAUGACAUGUUUCCUCCAACUUCAUUGAUAGAGCAGGCAAGCAAAGCCAUUAUUCUUUUUCUUUGUUUGUGUUAGAAAGAGAGAAAGACGGUGUUUGUUGGUAACAAUCCCAAGUUUGAUUGAAUGUAUGUUUGUGCAGGAAGACUUCAACUCAUGGAAUUUUUGGAGUACCAUUGCCAGAAAUUGAUUAAAAUAAUAGAGCUGAGUUGAGUUGA